CUGAUAUCUCCGUAUCAUAAGCAAAAUGCAGUGCAUUCAGAAACACUAGUCAACAUCCUGAUUCUUACAGAGAUAAAUAAAUUUAGUCUAGAAGCUAAGUGCAUUUGAAAUACAAUCACGUGCGUUUAAGAAGGGUGACUGAAGAAAAUAUGAGACUUGCAGUGUGGACAACGUUUCUUGCUUUCAUGUGUUACUUAGCUAUGGAUGCUGUUAGCGGAAGACGGAACAAGAAUGUGCCUAAAUCACUAUCUCCUAUGCCGAAGUUGAUAACACAACAUGGCUACCCGGCGGAGACCCACACAGUGACAACUGAAGACGGCUACAUCCUCACGAUGCAUCGUAUUCCCUACAGCCCAAAAUCAAACAGUACGGACACCAAGAGACCUGUCGUGUUCCUGCAACAUGGUCUUAUAAGCAGCUCCGUGGAUUGGGUCAUCAUGGGACCGGACAAAUCAUUGGCCUAUCUGCUAGCUGAUGGAGGAUACGAUGUGUGGAUGGGGAACUCAAGAGGGAACAUGUACUCCACAAAACACAAUAAACUAUCCGCAAUGCUUCCAAUAUUUUGGUCCUUCAGCUGGCAUGAAAUGGGUGUAUACGACUUACCAGCUGAAAUCGACUACAUCCUGACAAACACAGGGCAGAAUGACCUUUCCUACGUGGGUCAUUCAAUGGGCACUACCAUGUUUUUUGCGCUCAUGUCCGUGAAGCCAGAUUAUAACGCCAAAAUCCGCCACAUGGUGGCUCUGGCACCUGUCGCCUUUCUGAGGAACACGAAAAGUCCUUUCGCUUCUAUCACAAAACUCUUACCGAGUGGAGUUCUAUUUGAUUUUGUUUCCAACUGGCCAUUUUUCCCAAACAAGAAGUUGUCUAAUGGUCUUCUCGGGACUUUCUGUAAGAUUGGAACUAUUACGCAGAGCAUGUGUACAAACACCCUAUUUCAAAUAGGUGGUUUCAAUACGAACCAGCUAAAUCAAACAAUGCUGCCAACAAUACUGCACUAUUUCCCUGCUGGUUCUUCAAUCAAAGCCUGGAAACACUACGGUCAGCUUAUCAAUUCAGGUAGCUUCAGGCAAUAUGAUCAUGGACUUGUAAAUCUUUACAAAUAUGGCAAUUUGUAUCCACCAGAUUACAAUUUGGAUAAUAUCAACUCAUCUGUCAGCCUAGUUGUUGGUGCUAACGACUGGUUAGCAACUCCUGAGGACGCUACACAGUUACAACUGCAGCUACCUUUCGCCGUCUAUCAUGAAGUGGGACUUCCGGAAUUUAAUCACUUUGACUUCCUGUGGGCAAUCGACGUGAAAACGCUGGUUAAUGACAAAGUUCUGAGCCUUCUUAAAGCUAACUAAGACCGAUAUCUUGCAUCAUUCUAUUUCCAACAUAAGUAGGCUGAAUGUUUAUAAACAGGGAUGCAGGCAGAUACCAACUUUUUGAAAAAUACAACAUCUCCACCUUCAGCCCUAAAGAUGCUGACAGUAAGUUUUUCGAAAUUCUGCUAUUUACCUGCAUUUACACUGCCGUGAGAACCUCACAAAUAAGAUUAUAGUUUUGUAGGAGAUUAUUACGUUUUGGGUGGAACAUAUAGUAAACAUCUUGUGAGCAGUUGGUGAGAGUGUUAUUCAUCCACAAUUAUUAGUCGCUUUGAUCGCUCAUUAUAUAAGUAUAUACAAUAAUAAAUUAAUUCCACUGCUCAAGUAACUCUUAAUUAAUUAUAUAAGUUUACGGAUUUUUGAAUGUAAUAAUAUUUUAUAUGAUAACAUAUUCUCCUGUUAUUUGAUCGCUGUAUAAAUUUUUAACAUAAGAAAACUAGUUUCAAGUAACAAUUUUUCAACAGCACAUAUUUCAGGCUACCUAAAUUCAGUUGAUCCAGGUACGAAUAUGGAGUGAUUAUUUUCAUAACUUUCUCAGAAAACUAAUUAAUUAUAUAAAUUAUUAGCAAAGUAUAAAUAUGCGGUUCGUAUAUUAAUUAUAACAUUAUUUUACUUUCUAAACGUGGAAAGUGUUGUUCAGUGUUGUAAGUGUAAUGUGGAUGUUGUAUUUUGCCAUAUUUCAGCAUGAUCCAACUGCAGUAAUAUUUAAACACUUGAAUUCUACAAGUGUCAUAAGGGUUUCGUAUGGGUCCAAUAUACAUAUAAUCUAUUUCACAGCCCAUAUCUAUAUGUAUAUAGAUUAUUAUUAAUAGUUUCUCGUAUAAACAAGUACACAAUAUAAAAUUUAAUCCAAUUUAUGUCUAAACAUUUUAAAAUAA